AUGUGGAGGGCAUUGCCGCCGAUCCUGAAACAACCAACAUUCAGACAUCUUAGCCGGCGGCCAACAUUUGCCCAAUUUCCCAGUCCACGCCUCCCUUGUCAAGCAUCGGGAUGCUUGACCACCGGCACCGAUCGAUCAUGGAGCCUUAGAGACCUACGGGGCGUCUCAGACGAGACGUCACCCUUGAUCUUCCACCUCACCUCUGACAACCCCUACCAUAACCAGUCCAUUGAACACUACCUGCUCACGCACUCGCACCCCGAGUCACGGAUCCUCUUGUUUUACACCAAUCGCCCAUGCGUGGUGAUCGGCCGCAACCAGAACCCAUGGCUUGAAACGGAUAUUAAAAGGCUAAAACAAGGCGUAAGACCCGAACACGAAGAUAGACCAGGUGAUUCUCCAGUUACAAGAGGCAAUGCGCACGCGACACCCGUUGACCUCGUACGUCGGCGCAGCGGAGGCGGCACCGUCUUCCACGACUCAGGCAACCUGAACUACUCGGUCAUCGUGCCCAACAACAGAUCCUUCACACGCGCCAUUCACGCUGAAAUGGUCGUCCGCGCUCUCUCCCCUAUGUCCUCAAACUACGACUUCCACGACCUCCGUGUCAACGACCGCAACGACAUCGUCAUGCGCCGCGGGGCUGGAAAUCAGUGGCUCAAGGUCAGCGGCAGCGCAUAUAAACUCACACGUGGAAGGGCUUUGCACCACGGUACGCUCCUCUACUCGAGUCCCUAUAUAAACAGAAUCUCAGAGUUACUGAGAAGUCCCGGACGAGAAUCCAUUCAGGCCAAAGGCGUCGAGAGCGUGCGUAGUGCUGUCGGAAACUUAAUGUGGACGCCAGAUCCUGUGAAAAGACAGACAUUGAAGAGCGAAAUCACAGAGAAGAUCGUCCAGGAGUUCUGGCGCAUGUACGGCGGCACCACCCAGAGACAGGUGGGUUGGAACGAAGUCACUCUAGGCGCAGACGAGUGCGGCGAGGAUAAGAAUCCGGAGAUCGCUGCUGGUGUUGCCGAACUCAUGUCCCCUGCAUGGCGGUUCGAGCAGACCCCUCGCUUUGAUUUUUCCAGUGGCCCACUUGACGGUCUGGAAGUCGCAUUACAGGCCAAUCGUGGUGUCUUGGAACAUCUGGUCUUGAACGGCCGCGCGGGCGAUGUGCUGUUGGAGCGCCGGAAGGAAGACCUCCAACAGCCGGUCAGAUUGCAUGAUGUUCGGAACUGGAAAGGCCUGAUCACCCGGAAAUCUGUUCAAGAUGAGGACAAGGACGCUGCCGCAGUAUCAGCACCGCCAGAGGAUGUUCAGGUGUCUGAUGCACUGGUUGACAGAAUUGAGGCUAUCUUUCCCAGAUCAGAAUGA